UUAGAUAUUUUUAUCUGCAUUUCUGAUGAAUAGUUUAUGUAUGUAAAUAUUUUUGGAUUUUAUUAUAUAUCUUAUUUGUAUGUUCAGUGAUCUUUUCUUUAUUAGAAAUAGUCAAGAUGUGAUCAAGUCAACUGAUUUUGCUUCCUCCAUGCUUCAUGUGUAAGGAACUUCAUAGAAUAUAAUGAAGUACUUUUUCCAAAUGAUUUGAUCUUGAAGAUGCUGAACAUGUUCUAACUAUUUGUGUUUGACCUGAAUAUAAUGAUAUAUUAUAUUGUAUCCUUACCUUCAUGUGUUUAUAUUAUUAACAUAAGGUCAAAUUCAAGUCAUUAUUCUUUCUAAAACCUCUAAUUAAACAUCCUCAAAAUGGUUAGCUUGAUCUACAUAUUGUAAAUUAGUGACACACAAAAUUGACCGGAAACCAUUUAUAUAUAAGACCAACACAAAUCACUGCCCAAGAUGUAGAUUUAGUUUUAGAUCUGCUACUUGUAAGUAGUAAUAAAGUAUAUCAGUUCGCUAACAAUUUAAAUUUUUACUUCCCAAAAAGCAUGUAGCCAUAUUGAUGCAUUUUGUACAAAUAUUUUUGCAAGACCCGAGUCCUGAGAUGGCUUGUGCAGCUACUUGUUCCGUGAAGAAAUGUAGCACAUUGACAGCUUAAAACUAAUUAAAAUAAUUUAGCUUAGAAAUAUUGUAAAAAGUGGAGAAGAGUAAUACUUCUGGAUGUGAAAGUCAAAGUAUUCAGCUGGUAGCCAUACGUUAAAAGGAUAACUGUGUCUACGUUAUACCAAUUAACAUACUACCAGCCAUUAGGCACCUGUCAAGAAGGUACGAAGUUUCCUCUAGCAUGCAAUAAACAUUAAUUCCCAUAACCAAUAUACAUUUUCUCUAUAGUAUAACUAAGACCCCGUGUGUAUAUCCAAAUAAACCAUUAUCUCUCAACUUUCAUUUGGUAGCAAAACAUUUUUUCUCAAAAUUCUAAUAAAAAGUAAUCUUGAUUUCUAAGAUGGGCUUGAUGAGUGAGGCAUUAGCACAGGUUCUCAUCCCUCUGGCAGCCUUUAUUGGGAUUGCUUUUGCUAUAUUUCAAUGGUUUCUGGUCUCAAAGGUGAGGGUUUCUCCCGGAAAUGAUAACAGGAUAGGAGACAGGUUGAUUGAAGAAGACGAUCAAGAGUUAGGCAUCAACGGUGAAGAAGCUGUUGCAAAGUGCGCUGAGAUUCAGAAUGCCAUCUCUAUCGGGGCAACAUCUUUUCUUUUGACACAGUAUAAGUACCUUGGCGUUUUCACGGCUGUAUUUGCUGGUGUCAUCUUCCUCUUUCUUGGAUCAGUUAAGAGUUUCAGCACCAAAAGUCAAGCCUGCACUUAUAAUACGGGUGAACAAUGCAAACCAGCUUUGGCAAAUGCCCUUUUUACUACAAUAGCUUUUCUACUUGGAGCUCUCACAUCAGUCCUAUCUGGUUUUCUUGGAAUGAAGAUUGCAACUUAUGCCAAUGCAAGAACUACUCUGGAAGCAAGGAAAGGUGUUGGCUAUGCAUUUGUAACAGCUUUCCGUUCUGGCGCAGUAAUGGGAUUCCUUCUUGCUGCCAAUGGCCUUCUGGUUCUCUAUAUUUCAAUUAAUGCAUUCAGGCUAUAUUAUGGAGAUGAUUGGGAGGGACUGUUUGAAUCUAUUACUGGCUAUGGUCUCGGAGGUUCUUCGAUGGCACUCUUUGGCAGGGUUGGUGGAGGAAUUUACACAAAAGCAGCUGAUGUUGGCGCUGAUCUUGUUGGAAAGAUUGAACAAAAUAUUCCAGAAGAUGAUCCUCGAAACCCAGCUGUGAUUGCAGAUAAUGUGGGUGACAAUGUUGGAGACAUUGCUGGGAUGGGAUCUGACUUGUUUGGCUCUUACGCUGAGUCCUCUUGUGCAGCACUCUUUGUUGCAUCAAUAUCAUCCUUUGGAAUCAAUCAUGACUUCUCAGCCAUGUCUUAUCCAUUAAUUAUUAGUGCAAUGGGAAUUAUAGUUUGCUUGAUUACAACACUGUUUGCUACCGACUUCUUUAAGAUCAAUAAUGUGAGUGAGAUUGAACCUUCCUUGAAGCGACAAUUACUAAUUUCAACUAUCCUGAUGACUGCUGGGAUUGCGAUAGUCACCUUUGUUGCUCUACCAUCAAAGUUUACUAUCUUUGACUUUGGGGACCAGAAAGUUGUCAAAAACUGGCACAUAUUCUUCUGUGUUUCCAUUGGCUUGUGGGCUGGUCUUGCUAUCGGAUACACUACUGAGUAUUAUACUAGUAAUGCAUACAGCCCAGUACAAGAGUUAGCGGAUUCUUGCCGGACUGGUGCUGCAACAAAUGUAAUCUUCGGCUUGGCCCUAGGAUAUAACUCUGUUAUACUUCCCAUAUUUUCCAUAGCCAUUGCUAUUUAUGUGAGCUUCAGCUUGGCAGCCAUGUAUGGAGUAGCAGUGGCUGCUUUGGGAAUGCUUAGCACCAUUUCUACUGGUUUAGCCAUUGAUGCCUAUGGCCCCAUAAGUGACAAUGCUGGUGGGAUUGCAGAAAUGUCUGGAAUGACUCGCAGCAUACGUGAGAGAACAGAUGCUCUGGAUGCUGCUGGUAACACCACUGCUGCAAUUGGAAAGGGUUUUGCAAUAGGAUCUGCUGCUCUAGUAUCCCUGGCUUUAUUUGGUGCUUUUGCAAGCAGAGCAGAGAUCAAAACUGUCGAUGUUUUGACUCCAAAAGUCUUCAUCGGGCUUAUUGUAGGGGCCAUGCUGCCUUACUGGUUUUCAGCCAUGACAAUGAAGAGUGUAGGCAGUGCAGCUCUUAAGAUGGUAGAAGAGGUGCGUAGGCAGUUUAGUAGUAUACCAGGUCUUAUGGAAGGAACAGUAAAACCAGACUAUGCAACCUGUGUCAAGAUAUCUACUGAUGCUUCACUUCGAAAAAUGAUCCUACCUGGUGCACUGGUUAUACUCUCACCACUGAUUGCUGGAACAUUUUUCGGAGUGGAAACUCUUGCCGGUUUACUUGCUGGUGCACUGGUUUCUGGUGUUCAGGUUGCAAUUUCAGCUUCAAACACAGGCGGGGCAUGGGAUAACGCAAAGAAGUAUAUUGAGGCCGGUACUUCUGAACAUGCCAAGUCACUAGGGCCGAAAGGAUCUGAUGCUCAUAAGGCUGCAGUUAUAGGUGAUACAGUUGGGGACCCACUCAAGGACACCUCGGGUCCAUCGCUUAAUAUCCUGAUCAAGCUCAUGGCUGUUGAGUCAUUGGUGUUUGCCCCGUUCUUUGCAGCUCAUGGAGGAUUGUUGUUUAAAUGGUUCUAAAACCUAACUUUAACCUUUUAAAAACCAAACUUUGUUCUGGUUGAAGUUCUGAAGUUUCAAUGUUACCGUUGUACCUGUGUCGCAUAGGAUGAUUUACAUUUCUCGGAGUUGAAAAUUAUCGACUUUCUCUGGUAUCAUUGGUUUAUAUUUAA